AUGUCUGUGACUCCAGCACAGCACUCUGAACCAAGUACCACUGCUUCUUCACCACUCACUCCACCAACACUUCUCACUCUCCCGCCAGAGAUUCUGAAUAUGGUCUACGCGCUUUGCAUGAAGGACCUCAUCGUCGAUCUUCACCGUCACGAUGUCACCAACGAACUUCACAUCGCUCAUAGUCAACUCCGCCACAUCCCUUACGGCCUACCGGGCGUCAACAAAAAGCUGCGCAAGGACUUUCUCAAACUACUGGCCAAGUCGAUGCCACUGCACAUUGAGAAGCCUUCUCUCCUGGUAAUGCGCAACUACAUCGAUCCUAUCAUACCCAAGCGCUACGCCGACAAGCUUCAGACGCUGAUCAUCAGCUGCUCCGCGAAGCUCCCAGUACAGACCGUCCGGAUCGCAUUGUUCCCAAAUCUGAAGACUCUUCUGUUCAGUUCAACCUCAACGGCGCCCCUUCGACAGUUCCUGGACGCGGAAGUAAAGAACAUCACCCAGGGAUGGACCAAAGCGCAUAUCAACGUAAACUGUACCGAACGCGUCACAGACUAUAUGCGAGACCGUGCGGACUUCCUUCUCGACCAGCUCCAAGUUCAUCGUGCACUGCAUCCUGCAUGCCUCGUCAAGCACGACAUGCAAUUUGACACCUUCGAGGCAACUGUCCUUUCACCCCGGAAAUAUUUAAAAGCGCCCACGUUCACGGCCACCAUCACACGAAGCGCAGGCGGGGAUUGGGGGACCGCGACGAUCGAGUAUAGCAAGGCUUUUGAGACUUGGGAUACGAUGAUAGCCAGCGGCGAGAAAGGUGCUGUGUGGGGCUGGCUCAUUGACUGA